AUGUCGGACUUUCCGCCUGCCAUUGCGCCCCAAGAUGAUGGCACUGGCGUUGCCCCGGAACCUGUGCAGGCACCGGAACCUGCACCCAUCACGGAGCAGGAAGUGGGCGAAUAUCGCGAGCAAGACCGAUUUCUUCCUAUUGCGAACGUCUCACGCAUCAUGAAAUCCGCCGUCCCCGGUACGGCUAAGAUCUCUAAAGAGGCCAAAGAAUGUGUGCAGGAGUGCGUCUCGGAGUUCAUCAGCUUCAUCACCUCUGAGGCCGCAGAGAAGUGCCAGAUGGAGAAGCGUAAGACGAUAGGGGGAGAAGAUAUCCUGUACGCUAUGGCGACACUAGGUUUCGAGAACUACGCAGAGACAUUGAAAAUUCACCUCGCAAAGUUGCGCCAGCACCAAACUACUUCCACAAACAACGCACGUUCCGCCGAAGCCACCGAUCCUCGCGUGGAGGAGUAG